AUGUCAAUAUUUCAAUGUGAAAAUCUUGAUGAUGUCAAGUGUAAAACAUUUGUUAUUGUUUCUUCAUCAUUAUAUGUACUAUCUUGCAUCGAUGUUUCAUUUUAUUCUUACUAUUUAAGUCACUCAUUUCUAACACAAUCAUUCAUCAUGAGUGCUACACCUACUGUUAAACCUGGUGCAGGCAAAGAAUUAACAGCGGAAGACAUGGCAGUAUUAAAAAUUCGUUCAAAACUUAGUGAAAGCGGCAUUAAAAAAUUACAUGCAGAAUUCUGGCAUGACAAUCCGGAUGGCAUAAUGACGAAUGAAACAUACGAAAAAUUCUAUCAGAAACAAAAGGAAGAUAGCACUAUACGGAACUUUCCUCGCGAACUCGCAUUUACUCUGUUCGAUUCAAAUCACGAUAAAAAGAUUGAUUUUGUGGAAUUUUUAAUGGCCAAUGCUUUUGCAUCGGCAGAAAAUAGACGUGAAGCAUUAGGAUAUUUAUUCGAUAUGUGUGAUACUUCUCUUGACGGAAGAAUGGAUAUGACUGAAUUAGCAGGUUUUAAUUCGAUCGUUACUACCAGUGUAAAGAAAACUCAGAAUGCUUCGACUUAUGAAGCUAUGAAUGUUGCUGGAAAAAUUUUUAGUUUCAUUGGUUUGAAUGCUGAAGAAAAAUUAACUAAAGAACAAUUUAUUAAAGAGUAUGAUUCUAUUUAUUGUCUUGUUUAG